AUGCCGCCCCCUCUGACGUUCCGAGGGAUUGAUGAAGAACUGAUAGCAGAAGUGGUCCAGGGACAAAGCAGGACCCCCAGAAAAAGUUCCCCCAUUAAAGAAGAGGAAGCAAAAGGAGAUAAUAUAGAAAAAAGUCAAGGAACUCGACAAAGGCAGUUAUUAUCCCAAUGGGAAAUUGACCCAGUAAUGGCAGAAACUCUGCAGAUGAGUCAAGCUGAGAUGAGUGAACUGAGCAUGGCACAGAAACCAGAAAAGCUUUUGGAGCGCUGCAAGUACCGGCCUGCUUGUAAAAAUGGGGAUGAGUGUGCUUACCAUCAUCCCAUUUCACCUUGCAAAGCCUUCCCCAAUUGUAAAUUUGCUGAAAAAUAUUUGUUUGUUCACCCAAAUUGUAAAUAUGAUGCAAAGUGUACUAAACCAGAUUGUCCUUUUACUCAUGUGAGUAGAAUUCCAAUACUGCCUCCAAAACCAGUUACAACAGCAAUAUCACCUUCUUGUAGUCAGCUCUGCUGUUACUUCCCAGCAUGCAAGAAAAUAGAAUGUCUCUUCUAUCAUCCAGAACACUGUAGGUUUAACACGCAGUGUACAAGACCGGAUUGCACGUUUUACCAUCCCACCAUUACUGUACCACCACGACAUGCCUUGAAAUGGAUUCGACUUCAAACCAGCGAAUGACACCCAGUCCUGCCAGGCAGAAGAUCAUGGAAUUUGAAAGUUUCCACCUACCGAUGAAAGAUACUCUACAAAACUUGUCAAAUCUUUGAAACUUGGAAUAUAUUGCUUUCAUAAU